ACCAUAUAUUAUAGAGUUACCUUCCUCCUCUUUUCGGAGGUUUCGUUGUUUGAACCCUAAUACCGUACCAUUCUCACUUCCAUUCCUCCACCCUCCAACUAACCUUCCCUUCCCUUCAAUUUCUUCUCUAUAUUGUAAUCACUGACACACCGCAAAUCUGCACCGACAUGCACCCUGAUUAAUUAUUCUAGAUUUCAAAGAGGAUAAAUAUUAAAAUCACAAAUCAAAAGCUUACAUUGUCACCCAGAGAUACAUAUAAGACAUGGCUGCAGCAGAGGCAGCUCAAGCUGCCGCUGGUCCACGGUAUGCACCUGAUGAUCCCACCCUUCCUACGCCAUGGAAGGGGCUAAUUGAUGGAAGCACUGGUCUUUUGUACUACUGGAACCCUGAAACUAAUGUCACCCAGUAUGAGAAACCUCCCCCUUUGCCGUCGGGCCCUGCUCCGGCUGCUUCUACACCCAACAUGGCGCCCAUACCCGUGGCUCAUGCGAUGCAAUCCGGUGGGAUGAUGGGGCAGCAUGGGCAGCAAAUGCUUCAGUCCUCUCAACAGCAAGGGAGUAACCUUGCUCAGCAACAUGGGCAAAUGAUGCCACAACAGCAGAGUUCGCAUGUGGCAUCUCAGCAGAAGCCAUCUCCGGUUGCACAAGGGGUGCAACAGCAGAAUUUGCAGUUGGCACAGUCCAUGCCACAACCAGGGUUUAAUCAGGCUGGACAGCAUUCAUUGCCACAUCAGGGACAGCAUUCAAUGCAGCCUCAGGGACAGUAUCCCAUGCAACCCCAAGGGCAACAAAUGGUCCAGCCUAAAGGGCAGCAGAUGACACAACAACCACAUCAGAUGCAUUAUCAGAUGCAGCCCCAAGGUAUCAAUGCCCAACAUUUUGGUCAAGGAGCAUCUCAGGCUCAGGGCUCACAUUCUGUGCAACCACAAGCACAUCAAUUCGCCCCCCAGAGCAUGCAUUAUAUGCCAUAUCAGCCAAACAUGCCUCAACCUGUGCAGCCAAGUUCCCAGCAUAACAUGCAUGGUCAUUCUUAUGAAAACCAACAAGACUUCAAAUCAGCAUUCCCAAAGAGUAGAUCCGGACCAUCUGGGCAAGUGCCAGAUGGAGGUGCAAAUGCUGGUCACUCAAAACAGUUUGGUGGCGCACCAGGAAGCAUACAACAGUCUCCCUCUGCAGUGCCAUUACAACAGGGUAGUUCUUAUCCAGUUUACCAACAUGGUCCUAGCUUUCAAAACCAGAUGGGGCCUGGUAUGAUGCAUGGUCAUCCACCCAAUGUCCAUCCUGGAAGCCAAAAGAUGGGACAUGCAGAUAAUUUUCAUGGUAGAGCUGGGAAUGAAUAUUACUAUAACUCUAGCAAAGAGAUGCCAGCUAUGGGUCCUCAGCAGCCAAAUAUUGCACCAAUACCCAUUUCAACAAAGCAGCAGGAUAUGAGAAUGGGCAGCGGCCCUUUUCAAAAUGUAAUGCCUAGUGGAAAUGGAAGUGGUAUCCCAGGUCAUCCAAUGCACAUGUUUCCACCAGUAGGAGGGCAUCCGCCUCUCUCAAGUAACUCCUUGAAAGGACCUCCUUAUAUGGGAUCUUCAGAUGUUACUGAUAUGACACCUGCUGAAAUUUAUUGUCAGCAACAUGAAGUUACAGCAACGGGUGACAACAUUCCACCUCCUUUUAUGACAUUUGAUGCUACUGGAUUUCCUCCAGAGAUUUUGAGAGAGAUAUAUUCUGCUGGCUUCUCAAACCCAACACCAAUUCAGGCUCAAACUUGGCCAGUAGCACUGCAAGGUAGGGACAUAGUGGCAAUUGCAAAAACAGGCUCUGGCAAAACAUUGGGCUACUUAAUGCCUGCAUUCAUCCUUCUUAGGCAGAGAAGGAAUAAUCCUUUGAAUGGCCCCACUGUCUUGGUUUUAGCUCCAACACGUGAACUUGCUACACAGAUCCAAGAUGAGGCUGUCAAAUUUGGAAGAUCUUCACGUUUCUCUUGCACGUGUUUGUAUGGUGGAGCACCCAAAGCCCAACAGCUAAAAGAGUUAGAUCGGGGAGCAGACAUUGUUGUUGCCACACCUGGCCGACUCAAUGACAUCCUUGAAAUGAAGAAAAUUGACUUUGGGCAAGUUUCACUGCUUGUGCUCGAUGAGGCUGACCGUAUGCUUGACAUGGGUUUUGAACCUCAAAUCCGGAAAAUUGUUAAUGAGAUUCCACCACGUAGGCAAACUCUCAUGUAUACGGCAACAUGGCCAAAAGAAGUAAGAAAAAUUGCCAGUGACCUGCUCGUUAAUCCUGUUCAGGUUAACAUUGGAAGUGUUGAUGAGCUUGCCGCAAAUAAAGCUAUCACACAGUAUGUUGAAUUUGUCCCUCAAAUGGAGAAGCAGAGGCGAUUAGAGCAGAUCCUCAGAUCCCAAGAGCGGGGCUCUAAGGUUAUUAUAUUUUGUUCCACAAAGAGGUUAUGUGAUCAGCUUGCCCGUAGUAUUGGUCGCAAUUAUGGGGCUGCUGCAAUUCAUGGUGACAAGUCUCAAAGUGAGAGGGAUUGGGUUUUAAAUCAGUUCCGGAGUGGGAAGUCACCAGUUUUAGUUGCCACUGAUGUUGCUGCUCGUGGGCUUGACAUCAAGGAUAUAAGGGUGGUUAUAAACUAUGAUUUCCCUACUGGAGUUGAGGAUUAUGUACACCGAAUUGGAAGAACUGGACGGGCAGGUGCUACUGGAGUAUCGUACACCUUUUUCUCGGAGCAGGACUGGAAACAUGCAUCUGAUUUAAUCAAAGUCUUGGAGGGUGCAAACCAGCAUGUGCCUCCAGAGCUAAGACAGAUGACCUUGCGCGGACCACCAAACUUUGGAAAAGAGCGGGGUGGGAUGAGUCGUUUCGACUCUGGUGGUGGUGGGCGUUGGGAUAAUGGUGGUCGUGGUGGCAUGAGGGAUGGGGGCUUUGGUGGUCGUGGUGGCAUGAGAGAUGGUGGCUUUAGUGGUCGGGGCGGCAUGAGGGAUGGUAACUUUGGUGGCCGAGGUGGCAUGAGGGAGAGUGGAUUCAGCAAUGAUGGUGGCAUGAGAGAUGGUGGCUUUGGUGCUCAUGGUGCUAGCGGUCAAGGUGGGAGAGGUGAUAUGUUUGGUGGUAGGGGAAAUAGAGGUCGAGGAUUUGGUGGCCCUCGUGGUGGUCAUGCUGGGUGGGGUAGAGGGGAUCGUGGUCCAAAUGACCGAUUCAACAUGGAUGGAAGAGGAAGAGGGCGAGGACGUGGGCGAUUAGACAACAGAAGAGAUGUUGGAUACAGGAGUAGAGGCAGAAGCCGUAGCCGUAGCCCAGAGAGAGUACGAACAUGGGACUAUAGUAGCAGAAGUCGUAGUAGGAGUCGCAGCAGUAGGAGCUGGAGCCGGAGCCGGAGCCGAAGCCGAAGCAGAAGCCGCAGUUGGUCGCGUGGUCGCAGUCGGAGUCGCAGCUAUAGCCCUAGCCCUCGUCGGAGUCGAAGCCGCAGUCGUAGUGGUCGCAGUUACAGCCGCAGCCGCAGCCGAAGUCCCCGUAGAAGUCCCAGCUAUGAUAGGCGUGAUAGGACAGAUCAACACCAUUCUGAUCAAAAGGAUUAUAGAGAACCAGAGGUCCAAGCUCCCAAUCCGGGAGUGUCUCCAAGCUCCCAAGGGCAGCAGAAUUCAAUUUUGGGAACUGAUCAAGUGGAUCAGGCGCCACUGGUUGCUGGGAGCGGUGACCCAGAAGAUCCCAAUGCUCUGGCAUAGCCUUUCAUUUUAAGCUGUUGUUAUGAUCUUAUUAUUUUUAGAGGGCUCUCGAAACUUGUAAUCUUAUUGAUUGGCGGCUAUGUUUAACCUCCCACUUUUUUUUGUUUAUGAUUGGAUUUGCAUGGUGAUUACCACCUGAUGGCAAGCUGAGGUUGAAUCAUGUGAUGGUAGUUUUGUAACUAAUUUUAAAUGCAGUUUCAUGCAAUGCUGCAUUGUUGAGUCACAAAUAUUCGGUUUGGUGAAAUAUGAUAUCCAUAAUUUA